CUUCAGUCUGCGAACGUACGCGGCGUCGAAUGUAUGUCUCUGGCGCUGCGCCACAGCAAAACCCAAACGCGAAAUCAUACAUCAACCAAAUACAUUGAAAUAACACUUGUUUAGCACCAAAAUAACUGUUUAAAGUUAAAUAGUGAGUGUAACAGCUCGCGCGGACGCGGAUUUUCUCCUAUAAGAUUUCUUCGAAGAUGUCUCGUUGAUUCUGCCAGUCUGAUUUGAACUCUACGCGAUGACGAAAAGGUUCGAGUUCAACUGGCAGAUCCCGGUGCCUGAACCGCUGCUGCAGGGCGCGGUAUUUGACCGAUGGACAGAAGAGAAGGACAACACCGAGCUUGAGCAGAACUGCACCUUUAAAGUGGACGAGUAUGGCUUCUUCAUCUACUGGAAGAGCGAUGGAAAGGACGGUGACGUCAUCGAGUUGUGCCAAGUCAGUGACAUCCGCGCUGGAGGUGUGCCAAAGGACUCGAAGCUGAGCACGAAUCUGGUGAACAAGCACGGGGAGACGCUGGAAGACAAGUCCCUCACCAUCUGCAGCGGCACCGACUAUAUCAACAUCAACUACCAGCACGUCGUCUGCCCCGACGCCAAUACUGCCAAGGUAUGGAAGGAGAGCCUCCGCGCCAUCACUCACAACAACAAAAUCAACAAUGUCUGUCCAAGAACCAACCUUAUGAAACAUUGGAUGCGCCUCUGUUUCCUCACGGACCCCAAAGGCAAGGUCCCUGUCAAGGUGGUGGCCCGGACCUUCGCAUCAGGCAAGACUGAAAAGCUGGUAUACCAGUGCCUGUCGGAGCUGGGGCUUCCAUCAGGGAAGAAUGAAGCUAUGGAGAGGGAGGCCUUUACUUUUGACAAGUUCUACGCGCUGUACCAUAAGAUUUGUCCGAGAAAUGAUAUUGAGGAAUUAUUUAGGUCCAUAACUCAAGGCAAAUCCGACAAAAUUAACCUGGACCAGUUCGUGAACUUCCUGAACGAGAAGCAGCGAGACCCCCGCCUAAACGAGAUCCUGUACCCGCUGUAUGACGACAAGCGAGCGGUGGAGAUCAUCACCACAUAUGAACAGGAUGAGGCCGCGAAGACAGAAAAAUGCCUAACGAAAGACGGGCUCAUCCGCUACCUCAUGUCCGACGAGAACGCCCCCGUGUUUCUGGACAGGCUGGACAACUACAUGGACAUGGACCAGCCGCUGGCUCAUUAUUACAUAAACUCGUCCCACAACACGUAUCUCUCGGGACGACAGUUCGGCGGCAAGAGUUCUGUUGAGAUGUACCGACAAGUGUUGUUGGCUGGAUGUCGCUGCGUAGAACUCGACUGCUGGGACGGCAAAGGCGAGGACGAGGAACCAAUCAUAACGCACGGCAUGGCUAUGUGCACAGACAUCCUCUUCAAAGACGUCAUCUACGCGCUCCGAGACACCGCUUUCGUGACGUCGGACUACCCCAUCAUACUCUCGUUCGAGAACCAUUGCUGCAAGGCCCAGCAGUACAAGCUGGCCAAAUACUGCGACGAGAUCUUGGGGGAUUUGCUGUUGAAAGAACAUCUGCCAGAUCACCCUUUGGAACCGGGCCAGCCUCUCCCACCGCCUUCAGCGCUGAAGAGGAAAAUCAUGAUCAAGAACAAGCGGCUGAAGCAGGAAGUGGAACGGCAGGAGUUGGAGCUGUUCCGGCAGGGGCAGUUCGUUAUUGAGGACGAGGUCAAAGAAGAUGCUUCCGCGGUCGCCGUGCCCGAUAAAAAGCCCGAAGAAAUAGUGGCAGAAGCAGCGACAGCUGGCGACGACGCGCCUCCACCUGUAGCGUAUACAGGGUCCACCACCAACGUGCAUCCUUGGCUGUCUUCCAUGGUCAACUACGCACAGCCCAUCAAGUUCCAAGGAUUCGAAGAGGCUGAGAAAAAGAACAUCUACCACAACAUGUCUUCCUUCGCCGAGACCACCGGCAUGAACUACUUGAAGCAGCAAGCCAUAGACUUCGUCAACUAUAACAAGAGGCAGAUGUCCAGGAUCUACCCUAAGGGCACAAGGGCCGACUCUUCCAACUACAUGCCUCAGGUGUUCUGGAAUGCCGGCUGUCAAAUGGUGUCCCUCAACUUCCAAACCUCAGACCUUCCCAUGCAGCUCAACCAGGGCAAGUUCGAAUACAACGGUAACUGCGGAUACCUCCUCAAACCGGACUUCAUGAGGCGGGCGGACAGGAGCUUCGACCCUUUCGCUGAUGCCCCGGUCGACGGUGUGAUCGCGGCCCAAUGUUCUGUGCAAGUAAUAGCCGGGCAGUUCUUGUCAGACAAGAAGAUAGGCACAUACGUAGAAGUGGACAUGUAUGGUCUACCCACAGAUACCAUCCGUAAAGAGUUCAGGACGCGUAUGGUCCCCGCCAAUGGACUGAACCCUGUUUAUAAUGAAGAACCGUUCCUGUUCCGAAAGGUUGUCCUUCCAGACUUGGCCGUCCUCCGUUUCGGCGUUUACGACGAGAACGGGAAACUGCUCGGGCAACGGAUCCUGCCCCUGGACGGGCUGCAGGCCGGCUACCGGCACAUCUCGCUGCGGACAGAAGCCAACUUCCCCAUGUCGCUGCCCAUGCUGUUCUGUAACAUCGAGCUGAAGAUCUACGUGCCCGAUGGCUUCGAAGAUUUCAUGGCGGCCCUCUCGGACCCUCGCGCGUUCAUGGGCGCGGCCAAGGAGCGCACCGACAACAUGAAGCAGAUGGGCAUCGAGGAAAGCGGCCCCGAGAAGAAAGUCACCAUCGAGGACAAGAAGGAAGAGCCUCCACUAGUAUUCGAGCCAAUCACAGUCGAGUCCCUACGCCAAGAGAAGGGCUUCGUCAAAACUGGUCGCAAGCAGCAGAAAGAGCUGGAAGCCAUGCGCAAGCGCCACUCGAAAGAGAAACUCGCCAUGCAGAAGACGCAGUGCAGCGCGCUUGAGAAACUCAUCAAGGGGAAGAACAAAGAGCAGCUAAGCAACGACGCGGCCUUCCGCAAGCUUGUCACCGACCAGUCAGCGGCGUGGAGCGAGCUGGUGGCCAAGCACCGUCUCGAGGAAUGGAGCACAGCCCGCAGCCGGUUGGACGAGCAGCGAGAACUGCUCAAGAAGAUGAUGGAGACGACCCAGCAGGUCCAGAUGAAGCAGCUGGAAGCUAAACACGAGAGGGAGCUGAAAGACAUGAACGGGCGGCAGGCCAAGAUCAGCAUGGAGACCAGCAAGGAGGUGGCCAACGACAAGACGCUGAAGACCAAGCAGGAGAAGGACCGCCGGCUCAGGGAGAAGAAGCAGAACAACACCAAGAAGUUCAUGGAGGAACGGAAAGGGGCGACGAUCAAGCAGAACCGCGAGAAGGAGAAGCUGAAGGUCACGCACGACAAGCAGAUGGAAGAGUUGUCCAAGGACGUUGACAACCUGAUCGAGAUGUACAAGAUGGAGGAGUCAGAGUUCGACAACUCGAGCAAAACGGAGUUCUUCGCAUGAAAGUACCCCGACAUUGCUCCUCUCUUCGAGCAAUUGACUUGUGUGCCAGUGGCCACCGAAGCGAGUGACUCGAGCCAGUGAACUGGCAAGUGUGAAGUGAUCUCUGCAUAA